CCUACUUGCCAGCACAAUGAUUGAAGGCCAAAGACUCGCUGGUACACGGCCUAUGUGCAUAUCGCACAUGUAUCACAGCAUUCUAGAUCAGUAAGCGCUCCAAUUCCUUCUGUGCAAGUGUGGAAGCUUGGGGGCCAGCUGAAAGCCUAGCCAGCAAGCCUUGCAAGGCUCUAUGCGAUGUCUCUCCCGUGUCUCUCCCACUCUUUCUACACCUCAAAACUCAUUGCUUCUAUGUGCACAUGCAUUUCUAUUUCUUCGUGAUCCAGUAAGUGUUGGACAUGCCGUGUGCGAGCUGCAUUUCAGUAGAAAGGAAUUGUGAACAAGGCCAUGACCAAGCAUGUCAAUCGACCGAGAUGCCUGGACGAUCGCAAAAGAACGAUAUCUAUCGGACCUGGAGCCGGCAGACCGAUUGCUCUUUCACGAGGCCACAAUUGAGAAUCUUUACUAUGAUACCUCGGUGACGAAUGCCACCGAUCGCAAGUCCUCCAAGAUUCACAGAGCGAUAGAGGCAGUUCAGCCUCUCGUGGACAAGAUUGAGAGCUAUGGAAAAGCUAUGGACACAUUCACGAACAUUUCGCCAACCUUCGUGGCGCCUAUAUGGGGCAGUAUUCGGGUUGAGCUUGUCAUGGCGAAGGGGUUGGGGAGGAUCUUUGAGAAACUAACGGAGUGCCUUGGGAGGAUUGGAGAUAUUCUGCCUCGACUUCUUGAUUACCAACGAAUAUUCUCGACUGCGAAACAUCCCCGACUUACUGAGGCUGUAGCAAGGACAUAUUUGGAUAUCAUUGAACUAUGCAUGGACUUCAAGAGUAUGAUUAAAGGGCAACAGAGAAAUCCUUUGAAACGGGUCGUACACUCCCCCUCGAUGGAACAUAAGUUCAAGGACGCAGAAGCUAGGUUUCGAGCUCAUAGGAAGGCUGUCGAGAAAGAAGCAGAAACUUGUCAUAUGAUCGAAGCCGCAGAAGCAAGAGCACUCGUAUUGAGAGACAGACAGCUUCAGGAAAUGAAUAACAAAGCUCAGACAAAGUUGAAGGUUCUCAAAUUAUUGUCAAAUAUAAAUAGCCAGCAGAAACACCAGAAAGUUCGAAAGAUCAGACAUGCAGACACUGGAAACUGGCUAUUUGCAACUCAAGAGUACCGGUCAUGGAUGGAUAGCAAAAGUUCAACUGCGUUCUGCUGCUAUGGAAUUCCUGGAUGCGGAAAGACGGUCCUCGCUUCAAGCGUAAUUGACUCUUUGGUGGCCACUGCCGAAUCGCGCUCGCUUGCCAUUACCUACCACUACUGCGACUAUGCAGACAAGAGAACAUUGGAUCCCAUCACUAUCCUUGGAGCGCUAGCUCGCAACCUAUUAGAGAGCAUCGACAUACCAGAACCUGUCUUGGAACUCGUCUUCGAAAUCUAUCGCGAAGGAGAAAGAAUUCCUGAGUCUAAGGAAGUGCUCGAAAUCUUUUCAAGAACUAUCGAUUCUUUCGACCACGUUGCCAUCGUCGUAGACGGUAUCGACGAGGUAAAUGAAGAAGAUCGGCAGGGAGUUUAUGAUGCUCUCAAAGUGUUGGUUGGAGGCCAUACAGCACCGAUCAAGCUUUUCAUGUCUUGCCGGGAGAACAUUUUGGCAGCAAUUUCCACCAAGCCUGCGUCCAGCUUCAGAGUACAAAUUUCGGAAGCCACUACAUCAACAGACAUUCAAGGUUACGUACGUAAUGAGGUCUCGUCUCUGAUCAGGAAUGGGGAUCUUGUUAUUAGAAAAUCAAUUUUGGAAAAGGCCAUCGUUGAAGCUUUAAUCGCAGGGGCGAAAGGGAUGUUCCUUUGGGUCAAGUUUCAGCUUGAUGAGCUCUGUACAGCCGAAUCCGACGAUGCUAUCAUGUACACCCUCCAACACCUACCAAAGGAUCUGAGCGAGACUUACGACAGACUUUUGGGUAGAAUCGUUGGAGUACAACGUCAAGAACUUGUGAAGCGUAUGUUUCGAUGGAUCAUAUGUGCUCGUCGGCCACUCGUUGUUGACGAGCUUUGCGAGGGAAUUGCGUUCACUAUCGACGACACGAGGUAGAACAUCGACAAGAUUCCAACGGAUAUCCUUCGGCUUGUCACAGCAUGUGGUAAUCUCGUUGUAGUCGAGGAAGAAUCGCGAACGAUCCAACUUGCUCAUUAUACGGUCCAGCAGUAUAUAUUGGAUAGUAAGACG